UAGUGUAGUGCUGGGUGUGGAGUGGUCAGUGUGCUGUGAACUCAGUGUGGUAUACAGGGCUAGUGUAGUGCUGGGUGUGGAGCGGUCAGUGUGCUGUGGACUCAGUGUUGUUUUACUAGUGAGGAUGUUGCUGACUUUCUAUCUUCUCUUCAUUGAGCUUCAUGUCUCUGAAGGCUGUAAUUUGGUGAACAGAGAACAAGUACUGGAUAUCACAGCUCAUACAGGAGGGUCAGUACUGCUGCCCUGCUACUGCACUGACCUACAGACCACACCUGAGGGAUUCAGAUGGAACAAAGACAACACAAAAACAGACAGACGGGAAGAGAUAUCCAGUGGGAGUGGUCAGUACAGAGACAGAGUUCAGCUGUUUAAUGGUCACUCUCCAGGAAAUCUCUCUCUACUCAUAUCACACCUGACUGAAGAGGACGGAGGCAUUUACUGGUGUGAUGUUAGGGAUUCUUUCAUAAUCAUCAGACUCACUUUAAAAGGCUGUAAUUUGGUGAACAGAGAACAAGUACUGGAUAUCACAGCUCACACAGGAGGGUCAGUACUGCUGCCCUGCUACUGCACUGACCUACAGACCACACCUGAGGGAUUCAGAUGGAACAAAGACAACACAAAAACAGACAGACGGGAAGAGAUAUCCAGUGGGAGUGGUCAGUACAGAGACAGAGUUCAGCUGUUUAAUGGUCACUCUCCAGGAAAUCUCUCUCUACUCAUAUCACACCUGACUGAAGAGGACGGAGGCAUUUACUGGUGUGAUGUUAGGGACUCUUUCAUAAUCAUCAGACUCACUUUAAAAGAAUGUCCAAAGUCUCUACCCUACAUUCCCUUCGCUGUGAUCACUGUGAUCGUUCUCCACAUUAUUGUAGCUGUGGUCUACCUGAUAACCACGACCAAAGAUCCUGCCAGGGGUCACUACAGCACUGCGGAUGGAGAUGGAGUGGUCAGUCUGGAGUAGGGCAGUUCUGCAACACUGGCAUGAGUUCACAACCUGGCAGCUAAAACAUCUUAAAAUAACAAGUGCAAAUGUUUACAUUUUCUCAUUUUACUUCCUCUCUGUUUUGAAACUGUUAUCUGUUUAAGUUGUACUGUUAACCAUCACUUUGUCAUUAUAUUCAUAAAUGACUAUAUAUAUAUAUAUAUCAUACAUAAGCACCCUACACUGAAAAUGAAAAGAAUAAGACUGGAAUGAAAAGGCCAUUAACACUUCUCAGCUUCAGCAGUGUUGGCUUCUACAAGGUGUGGACAUUUUUCUAAUAGCACAAGGACAUAAGAACGCACUGUCUCACUAGCUGGGUUUAUGAUUUGGUUGUUGUGGAGGACUCACAGCCUAGUGGAAACAGCGUGACAGCUGUUUUUUUUGGUGUGCAACUUCAGUGAAGUUGUUGUCACACUUCAUGUCACUAGUUCGGUUUGAAAUUUGUGUGAAAAUAUAACUUUAUACAAAUUGACUGGGACCAUUAUAAUUUACUAUAUAACACCAUUAAGGAAAGUGCCUUUGGUCAGUUUGCAGUGUUUUUCUGUGUAUCACAUGACUGGAAUUCACUUCUGAUGGUACCGUGUACCAAGCAUCCGCUAGAGAUGUAUAAAUCCUCCUCUGUGCUGUCGACCACUGGAACUGCACUCUCGGGAGUGAUGUAGUGCCAUCCAGUACCUUUGGGAUGAGUUAAAGUGGUGUCUGUGAUCCAACUGUACUAAUACACUUUUGACUGAAUGCAAUCAGAUCCUCACAGCAAUGUCCCAACAUGUAAGCCUUCCCAGAAGAGCGCACUGUUACUUCAGCAAAGAGGGAACAAACUCCAUAUUUAUGAACUCAAUUCUAGAUGUAAUGUUGUGCAGGUGUCUACAAACUUUUGGACAUAUAAGGUCAGAUUUAUACAUAGGUGUAUGUACAGCAGAAUCUGUUACCGCAAUAUGCACCCAUAAUGCACCAGUACUUAAUAGUUGUUGACUAAUGCAGCAACUUGUCACUUAAAUAGUGAAUGUCUGAGGGUGAUACGUGCCUGGG